UCUCUGGAGAUACAGCCAGAACUUUUCGUUCACAUGGCAGCAGCAAACUCUUCUCCACCUGGUUCUCUGGAUCUAAACCAGCCUGGGUUUGCAAAGGAGAUCCUGGGAACUAAACUGGAGGUCAAAUACCUGUGCUCCGAUUGCAAGAACAUCCUGAGGCGGCCGUUCCAGGCGCAGUGCGGCCAUCGCUACUGCUCCUACUGCCUGAAGAGAAUCAUCAGUGCUGGACCUCAGAAGUGUGCCAGCUGUAUCCAGGAAGGAAUAUACGAAGAAGGAAUUUCUAUUUUGGAAACAAGCUCGGCUUUCCCAGACAAUGCAGCGCGGCGGGAGGUGGAGAGUCUGCCUGCUGUCUGCAUCAACAGCGGCUGCACCUGGAAGGGAACCAUCAAAGAGUACGAGGCUCAUGAUGAAGUCUGCCCUGAAUUCCCGCUGACUUGUGAAGGCUGUGGGAAGAAGAUUCCCAGGGAGAAGUUUCGGGACCAUGUGAAGACGUGUGGCAGAUCCAAAGUACCGUGCCGGUUCGAGGCUGUGGGCUGUGCUGAGAUGGUGGAAAAUGAAAUGCUCCCAGAACACGAAAGGAAGUGUUUGGCAGAGCAUCUCUACAUGCUUCUGAGCUCUGUGCUCAGCCUCAAGACUGGUGCUGGGGACCUGAAGCCCCUUCCUGUCCCUUCCUCAUCACAAAACAGUUCCCCACUUCUGGGAGCAAACUCACUGUGCUCGGAGUCGGAGCUCUCCCGGUCCCUAGAGCUCUUGGGAAGGUGUGAGGCCCUUGAGAGGAAAACAGCUACCUUUGAGAACAUUGUCUGUGUGCUUAACCGGGAGGUGGAGAGAGUGUCCCUGACAGCUGAGGCCUACAGUCGCCAGCACCGGCUGGACCAGGAGAAAAUCGAAACGCUGAGCAACAAGGUCCGGCAGCUGGAGAGGAGCAUUGGGCUUAAAGACCUGGCCAUGGCUGAGAUGGAGGAGAAGAUCCGCAACAUGGAGGCUUCCACCUACGAUGGGGUUUUCAUCUGGAAGAUAACGGAGUUUGCGCGGAAGCGUCAGGAGGCGAUAACGGGUCGCUCGCCUGCCAUCUUCUCUCCAGCUUUCUACACCAGCAAGUAUGGCUACAAGAUGUGUCUGCGCGUGUACCUGAAUGGGGACGGCACCGGCCGUGGCACCCACCUGUCCCUGUUUUUUGUGGUGAUGAAGGGACCUAACGAUGCGCUGCUGCGGUGGCCCUUUAACCAGAAGGUCACCCUGAUGCUUCUGGACCAGAAUAACCGGGAGCACAUCAUCGAUGCCUUCCGCCCCGACGUGACGUCCUCGUCCUUCCAGCGCCCCGUCACGGAGAUGAACAUCGCCAGCGGCUGCCCCCUCUUCUGCCCCGUGUCCGUCAUGGAAGCCAAGAACUCCUACGUGCGUGAUGAUGCCAUCUUUAUUAAAGCCAUCGUUGAUCUCACGGGCCUCUAACCCUGCUGACUUGGAGCAGUGAGCAUGGAGCCAGCACUGCCCAGGGCAUCUCCUGCUUGUGCUGCACUUCAGGCGGGUCUGAGAGCAAGAGGGGGCACAGAGGGGGAAAAAGCCCUUCCUGGAAAGGGACCUUUGCUCUAAGUGGAAAUGAGGUGUCUGAUGGGAGCUCUCUUUCCUGAAGAGAGGAUUGGGUGGACACUGGCAGGCUGUGGAAUAUGGAAGAUUCCCUGCAGGGACUUGGAUGUCUGAACUGCUGCUGUCUGGACUCCAGUGGAAACCAGUGCAGCUCUUGCUCUACCAGUUUAGCCGACAUCCACAGCUCUCUAGUAAAACAGCGGUUUGCCCUGCCCGAGCUCCACCUCCUGUGGAUUUUGGCUCAGCUGUCUAGGAUUUCCCUCUGAGAUCUCCAUGUUCCUGGAAGUUGUGGGGUGCCAUGGCUGUGCACUGCUGGUUGCUCCACACCCCGGGAGACAAGGAGGGUGUGUGACAGCUGCAGUACCAGCUGGGCAAGAGAGACACAGACUGGUUUGAUGCCGUUGGUGUGUUAGGAGGGUGCUGAGCCCAACUGCAGGGCAGGGGAGCCCUUAGUCCAGCCCUUGCUGGGUGUGUGCUGGAGUGUGGAAUGGGGCAGGAGGUGCUGUUGCCCAGGAGGGACCAGUGUGGAAUGGGGGCAGCACCAGGGAUGCCUGUGGUGAAGAAAUGAAUCUGCUGUGGAGAUUGUCCCUCCUGUGGCAGGAGAGGAGGGUGGCACAGAGCUCGGUGUGCACCCUGAAAUCUCCAAGCCCUGCCCCUCUCUGCCCUGUGUGCUGAGCAGCACUGGGUGGGAUGGGUGCUGUGCUGGGAGCUGUCUUUGCUCAUAGGCAAAGACACAGAGAACUGGCUUUGUUUCCAUGGUGUGACAGCACCACCAGCCUUCCUCAGGCUCCUGCUGCUGUUGAGCUCCACGUCCAUCUGCAGCUGCACUGCCGUGUCUGUCUGGGCACUGCAGCCUUGGCCAUGGGAUGUGUACUGUGUGCCCAUGCAGGGGGCACUGCUGGCCAGCCCCUGCACUCUCACAGCGCCUGCAGUCACCAGCAGCAGAUCUCCCUCACUGUUCCUCCCCAUCCCUGAGCUCAGGAGUCAUGGGGCACCUGGUUCCAGGUGGCAGCACCUUGGAGCUCUUCCUCCACUUGGCCCCAUGUUGAACCUGCAGCCACCUGGGUAGGAUCUGGGGGCUGGAGAAGUGAAGCAUGCUGUCCCCUUUCUGUCCCUGGGUUCCUUUCCUUUGGACAGCACAGGUUCAGCAACCAUGAGAAGGUCUCAAUGUAAGUGGGGAAGAACUGGCUGCCACAUCCCUGCAUAGUGCCCUCUACAGCUUUGUUGUGGCCAUGAGUAGCUCUGGAUGGGCCCUGAUCCAGGGUGAACUCGAAGCUUUGUUGCCUCCUUUCCCUGGGCUUCUCACACCCCUGUCAGUGGUUGAAUGUGCCACAGGAGAUGUGUGGGUGACAGGAACGAGCUGUGAGCACCCUGCAUUGAUCAGGGGCCCUGGCUGGCUCUUGUGCUGCUCCUCAGGCAGUGAGGCUGGAAUGGGUCACCCUCCUCAGUGGCUGCCAGGGAUUGGCCCUCCACUGCCAGCAGCUCCUGCCAGGUGCCCAGCCCGGGUCUGAUGGCUGCAGAGCCUGCCAGGCUUGUGGUCUGCUCACACCUUGGCUCUGGCACAGCCACCCUGAGGGGUCCAGAACACCAUCAGGCUCUGCCCUGGCAGGGAGCCCUGCAAAGUCUGGCUGUCCCCCCAUGUGCUGGCACAGCCCUGACCUAUCCCUGGGGCUGUGUGGAAUGUCCCUGCUGCUGUCCAGGAGCUCAGGGGCCUCCAGCCUUCCUGACCUUGGAGCAGUGAGCAUGGAACCAGGAGCUCAGGGGUGCCCAGUGCCCUGCUGGCUGAGCUGCACCUCGGCCCAAGCUGAACCUCUUGCACCCAGGGCUGCUGUGCUGGCCAGGUGCUCUCCAGACAGGUGCUGGGGUGACCUGGGAGCCCCCUUUGGAAUCGGUGCAUGCAACCUCUCACGUGUGUGUGCAGGGUCUGGGGACAGAGCCAGCCCCUGCUGCUGGGGGAGGGGGACAGAAGCUGGUGACAGCACAGCCUGAGGUGGGAGAGGGGUGACAGGACCCCUCCCUUUGUGAAGUCCCCUCCAGCCUUUCCCAAGGGACAGAUCAAGCCCUGUAUUGCUGCUCUCACCCUGUGCCUUAUGAGGAAAUCCAGGCUAGCAGAGCCCUGCUCCCAUCUACAGCAGCUCCCCAGGGAUGCUUGGAAAAGCCUGGGAAGGGACAGGAGAGUCAGCUCUGCUCACAGAAUUGCUGGGAGUUGAGUGUUCUGUGGGGGGAGCUUGUUGUGUGUUGAUCAGACUGUCUGCUCACGGGGUGCUGCCUCAGCGCGGCUGGGGGCUCUGCAGUGCCAGGAGGGGCUGUGGAGACACUGCCUCACUGGGGCUGGGGGGUCUGGGCUGCUUUCAGGGUGGGAACUGGUGCUCCUGCCCCAGCACGUUUGGAAGGUCUGUGGGAGAGUCAGUGCUGCAGCAAAGCUCAGGCUGAGCUCUUCAGGCCAUGGGAACACGGCCUGGCAGCCCCUCUUGCUGGGAGCCCUUUCCUCCCCACCCUCCUGGUACUGCUGAUGCUGCCGGGCCUUUUUUGGCUCUCAGCAGCUCUGGAGCUGGCAGCAGGAGUUGUGCCCAUGUGCUGCAGACAGCUCUGCCAGCCUGGGGGCACAUGCACAAACACUGGACACAAGCCACCGCUGGAUUUUUGUGGUUUUUUUUUAAUUUUGACUACACCAUCUCAACACUGUGAACUAGGUUUUGUUUUUCUUGAGGGUGUAGUAUGGUCAGAACCACUAAUAAAAGCUGUUUGAACAGCA